GUCUGAUUAGCCUUCUCCAACAGACGGGGAUUAAGCUUUGAGUCUCUAAUUAUUAUAAAGCAUACGUCAGCAGAUAUCCUCCCAUUUUAAACGGAGAGUGAAACGGAGGAAUGUCGCGAUAGGUGACUGCGCUCCCCGCCAGGCCCAAGCAGACGCAGAGACCCAGAAAACAGGAGCAGGAACAGGAAUAUCCUCCUGUGUCAGUGCCACGACGCUGACACACCACGCACCGCGGCAGGGCUGCCUCUGCUCCGAUAAUAAGCAUCCUAUGCUAUUCUGCUCAAGAUGGCGGUGCAGGCAGCGGAAAACGACGGAAUAGUGUUGAAGAACGUGGAUGAUGAUCAUCUCAAUGACUCGCUGGGGAACCCCGGCCUCAUCUCACCCGACAAGGAGGAUUUAUCACGUCUCCUGACGGUGCCAUUCAGCGGGCGCAUUCGCGGAGGCAUGCGACCAGGAAAGAAGAUCAUAGUGAUGGGCAUUGUGGACCUGGAGCCGGACAGCUUUGAUGUCAGCCUGACCUGCGGUCGUGAUUCAGAGAAGGAGGCGUUACACGACGUGGCGCUAAAACUCACUGCUCGCUUCGGUGAUCGUCAGUUUCUGCGCAGCGCCUGCAUAUCUGGGAAAUGGACAGAGGAAGAGGCGUCCACUGCCUACUUUCCGUUCAUCCCUGACCAGCCUUUUAGGAUUGAGAUCCACUGCGAGCACCAGCGGUUCCGAAUAUUCGUGGACGGACACCAGCUCUUUGACUUUUAUCACAAAGUAAAAUCCCUGUCCUCUAUCGACACAACGUCCCAUCAGUCUCAGAGAAGCCACGGGAGCUUCCCAUUGUGGAGCAAAAUGAGACUCAUGAUGAUCAGCAGGUUAAAGAGGAGCAGGUGGAUCUUUGUAUCGUCCCUGACCCGGAUGCCGAGUCUUCGGAGGAUGUAAAAGUUGCGCAUUAUGAAUCAGAGACGACCUCUCAGGCAGACUGCCAGCUGUACCCAGGCGUAAGCUCAAUAACUGUGACCUUGAACAAUGAUGAUGACUGGAUGGGAAACGAUGUCUCAGGCUCCUCCUUUUGUGGUCCAAGUCGUGGUGAUGCUGCUUUUUUGCAUCAUGAACAUGCCCAUGGCAAGAAGUCUUGCCGUUUUUGUGGCAGUACAUUUACCAGAGACUGUGAUCUGAUCAGACAUAUGGAUGAAUCUCACAUGGGAGAAAAAGCCUUUAAAUGUUCUGAAUGUGACAAAGAAUUUGCACGUAGAGAUAGUCUGGCUUUGCAUUUAAGAGUUCACACAGGUGAGAAGCCACAUAGGUGCCCUUUCUGUGGGAAAUUUUUUACCCAAAGUUCAAAUCUCAGGGUGCACAUGAGGAAACACACUGGUGAGAAACCAUAUUUCUGCAAUUCAUGUGGCAAAAUGGUUGCACAUUCCUAUCAUUUAAAGAUAUGUUCCAGACAAUCUUCUAACACGACAGAAAUUAUUGGCGAGAGGACAUUUCGCUGUGUGCGUUGUGGCAAGAAAUUUGGCACAGCUUCAGAUCUGAGGGUGCACAUGGAGAUCCACGAAGCCAGGACAUCACAUGAUGUUGAGCAGCCUUUUGCAUGAUAAGACAUGGAUGCCAUAUUCAUACAAGUUGUUCAAUAGUUUAUUUAAAUUGCUUAUUAAAUUAUAAAUGCCAUUUGGAAUUGUGCGUGUGAAACAUUCUUUUAUAUUUAUAAAACUUAUUGAAUGUGCAAUAGUUGUAGGUUUACAUGUUCAAACCUGUUUUUCACUAUUCAUGUAUUGCUCAGUAAACAAAAGAAAAAUCAUACACUUAAUGCUGUAGUUAACCUGUGAGUUUAAUUACAAUCACUUAAAUAAC